AUGGCUUCUCAGGGUGUCAACGUCUUCCGCUACUCGGCUCUCGUGGCCGGUCUUGUCUACGGUGUCUACCACCAAUCCUCCAUCACCGCCGCGACGAAGCGCACGCAGGUCGAGCACGAAUAUGCCCGCAAGGAGAAGUUGAUCGAGCAGGCUAAGGCCGAGUGGAAGAAGAAGACCCAGCCCCAGGAGACCCAAACACAAUCUAGCGGUGUGAUCACUGAUUUCGAGCACCCCAAAUUCGAUCUGGAGGCAUUCUUGCUGGCCAAGGCUAAGGAGAACCCGUAA